UCCACAUCCCGCCGUUUCCUCUCAUCAUGCAAGCUGGGCAUUCUAUCGCACAUCGUGACCUCGACCUUGUUCUCGCCCAUGUGUCGCUGGCGUGCGGCCCGUCUCGCGGUACGACCGUUUCGCCCUGCAGAUCUACGAAACCAGCACCUCGCCGAGGUUCACGCUGCCCCCGAUGAACGCGCCCUAGGUCGUGCACCCGGCUAGCACUACGGUCGCAUCCGCCCGCGGGCGCACCCCCCUUGGACAGGUUACACAGCGCGGUUUCGGAAUUGCGUAGGCUUUAGUGGCAGAAGCGCGGUCCGAUGAGUUUGCUGAAUAGGUCUCUCGCCUCUAUUGGUCAUCUGGGGCAUGCGCUUCCGGGAUCGGGGAGUGGGCUCGUCUGUGGGAUGUAUAUCGCUCUGAACUCCUUGCACAUGGUCGGCAGGCGGGGCAGCGUUCAACCGGGUUCCUCCAGCUCGUCCUGCUUUCCUUUACUGAUAUUUUUAUGUAAACUCGUCGCGGAAGUCCUCCAGCUCGCAGGUGAUCAACAUCCCCUCUGGAAAGUCGUCUUCCUCCUCGUGAUCGCCGACCCUCCUCUGCGAUCGCGCUGUAGGGAAGGAACCGCUCGCGCGCCAAGGCGUAGAUGCAGUCGAGACCUCUGUCCAUCAACGCCGCCUUCGCGAGGCCGUAUAGGAUGGCAUCUGGGAUGUCGUCUAUCUGUUCGAACAUCACGCAGAGCAGCGUCGGCGGGGGGCCGACGUAGACCUCGGGGUGUUCGUCACAUUGUCCAGCGGUGCGCGUGGACGCCUAAAUAAGGCUGAAGGAUUGCUAGGACGCGCUAAGCCUUGUGCUUCCGGUGGCCCAC